AUGCUGGAUCUUUCAAAUAAUAGUUUUACUGGUCCAAUACCUCAUUGCUUGAACAACAUUAGUUUUGCGGCAACUGACCAAAAAUCCAAUCUAGGAAGUACAGUAGCAUAUGUUUUUAGCAUUGGAGGAUUGAUAUACUUGGAGACAAAGACAUAUCAAAUGAUUGAAGAUUAUGAUAUAUUCCUGGAUGUGGAUGCACAACAAGAAGUAGAGUUCACAACAAAGAGCAGAACCUACCCCUAUAAGGGUGAUGUCCUCAAUUAUAUGUCUGGAAUAGACCUCUCAUGCAAUUGUUUAUCUGGUGAAAUUCCACAUGAGCUUGGAUACUUGAGCAACAUCCAUGCGUUGAACUUGUCACACAACAAUCUAAUCGGAUCAAUCCCCACAACGUUCUCGAACCUAAAAGAAAUAGAGAGUUUGGAUCUCUCCCACAAUAAGUUGAAUGGCAGCAUCCCCCCUCAACUUAUAGAGUUAUACUCUCUAGCUGUCUUUAACGUGGCUGACAAUAAUUUAUCGGGCAGAACACCAGAAAGAAAAGCUCAAUUUGGAACCUUCGAUGAAAGCAGCUAUAAGGGGAAUCCUUUUCUGUAUGGACCUCCACUACCUAAUUCCUGGAACAAAACUGGAUUGCCAUCUAAUCAUAAGGGAGAAGAAAGUGGUGGUUUCAUAGACAGGGACAUCGGUGACAGAGAUAAAUCCAAUGAACCAGAAUUUGUUCUCAUAGAAUUGACUACCCGAAUGGCUGAAGCUUUGACCAAAAUUCAGACAACGACCCAGACCACUGAAGCUUCCGCUCCUCUGAUCAGUACCAACUAUGCUCUCUGGUCCCAAGUUGUUGAGAUGUACAUCUCCGGCAAAGACAAGUUGGGAUAUAUUAACGGGGACGUUGCCAAAAAUGAUGGGGGAGUGGGUAAAGCUGUAGUGGCUCUUGCAGAUCCACAUCUCUCUCUCACACCACCUGUCGAGCUUUCCCAGGAAAUUUCUUCUCCCUCUAAACCAAGUACCUAUGGCAACGUCCUCCUUAGUUCUCAUAGAGAUGUAGAUAGUGGUGCUUGGAUACUUGACUCCGGUGCCACUCACCACAUGACAUUUGAUAGUACCAACUUCUCAUAG